UCCUUUCACUUACAUAUUUUAUUCAAGAUAAAUAGACAGAUAUGAACGUGCAUUUUACCAUGAACGUGAAUUCUGUGACAAAUGACACGCCCCCUUGUGACGCAACCCCAACAUGGCGGCUUACUUGAACCGGCUGCAUCACAUUUCGCUGCGCGUCUCGAACGUGGAUAAAGUCGCUCAUGAACUCGUGUCGCGCUUCCAGUUUCGCGUGUUUGCGGCCAGACUGACAGACCGAGCGAAGCAGCUCGCGGUUCGCAGAGGAUCGGCCGUGUUUGUGGUGAACGAGAGGGCGCGUGGAGCUCCGCAGAGGUUGACUGGACACGAGUCACGUGUGUGGAGUCCCGUCGCAGGCAAACAUCAUCAGCACUUUCGGAACCUGUACGGAGCCCACGCGCACUAUCCAGUGGACACCGUGAGUAAUGUGUGUUUUGAGGUGUCGGAUGUGGAGAGCUCGUCCAGGGCGCUGCGUGAUCGGGGCUGCGAGUUUCUCCUGCCGCCCACUGAAGUGUACGACGAUAGUGGGACGGUCACGUACUCCAUCGUCAGGUCUGUAGUGGGUAACGUGUGUCACACUCUCGUAGACACGUCUCGGUACCGGGGCGUGUUUCUGCCGGGCUUCUGUCCGGUCGGGACUGAGGACAGCGACUCCGAUCGCUCAUGUCCGAUCACUCAUUUCGAUCACAUCACAUACGCGUGCACGAGGAGAAGCUCAGCCGACAUCACGCGCUGGUACGAGAAGAACUUUGGUUUCCAGAGAUUCUUCAUUAGCAGAAAUGAAGAUGUAGAGGACGGAUAUGUUCUGAACCAUAACGGCAUCGGACUGCGUCUCACAGCUAUGCAAUAUUGGAAAUGUAGUGCGUCCGGAGUCAAACUUCAUAGAGAUCAAAAGGAGACAGACUGCAAGUUUGUGAUGGCCGAGUCUCUGCCAGAACAAGGCAGUAACCAGGUGGACACAUUUCUGGAUGAGCACAGAGGUGCAGGCAUCCAGCACAUUGGCCUGUACACAGAGGACAUCGUGGCCACAGCUCGAACUCUGAGCCGGGCCGGUGUGCGGUUCUUCUCACCCCCUCCCACCUACUACACUGAGUCAAAUGAAAACGAAAGAUCCUGCUGUGUGUGCGUGCAGGUGGGCAAACAGCAGGAGAUCAGGGAGGCCGGUCAUGAUCCUCACAUGUUGAGUCCGUAUGGGAUCCUCCUGGACACAGACGUUCACGCACACAACUCGCCCAGCCAACGGUAUCUGCUCCAGGUGUUCACCAAACCCAUUUUUGAAGAGGACACCUUCUUCCUGGAGCUCAUCGAGCGGAGGGGAGCCACGGGCUUCGGUGAGGGGAACAUUCGCGCACUCUGGAGAUCCGUGCAAGCUUACAUGAAUGAAGAGCAGGAAUGUGGCCAAUCCGACUGUAAAAACACACAGAGUGGACAACACUCUUAGAUGGACAACGCUGGCUUUUUUAGAUGCGAAUUUGGAAACUACAAUGUGAUGAUGAAUUUGGGCCUACAUUUCUACAGCACUUUUAAAACUGAAAGAAGCUGACGUUCAGCACAUUUCUAAUAUCAUCUGACUCGAUUUGAAAAAAUGCAUCACGAGUUGACAUCUCUGUCAGGGUAAUGUAAUGUAAUGUGUUAUCUAUCACUCCUGUGACGUUCACUGUGAAAAACCUGCUGCAAUGUUAAUGUCAUGUUUUUAUCAGAUAAAUCAAAGCCUCCAGACAACAAAAUGAAAGAUUCCUUUCUUUUUUAAUCACCUGACCGAAGCUGAAUUACUGUAACUAAUGUUCGUUAGUGCCUGCUGUGAGAGACACCGAUUCAUUCUGUAAAUAUCAUUAUUCUCAACAUAACAGCUUAUGAAAAUCUUUGGUGUGAUUUUAGGAUGCAUGUGGUUUAUUUCAAGAUGAAAUAACAUUAAACUCUCUGGGGUGGGUUCCCCACAGGGAUUAUGUCCGUUAACCUAAUAACCUAAUGAUGCUGUUACUGUGUGAAGAGAAAGUUUUACGUUUUUUUUUUUUUACGUGUGAUAGAAAUCUUUUGUUGACACAAAUAAGUUCAACAUAUUCAGCAACAUUUCUAUAUUUGAAAUAUAUUACAAUAUGUAUUUAUAGUAUGACAUCAAACCAUGAAGUGGUUGAAAUAGAAUCCAUGUUAAAAUCCACAACUAGAUGAAAAGCGUGUAGGUUAUUAUGGAUGUGUUAUGUUUGAAAAUAUUUGAAUACUAUAUAUUGUUUUAUCAUUUAAAACCUUACUAACUUAUUUUUGUCAUACAUUCUGCUUGAAAAUGUCUUGAAAAUA